CUUCAAAUUUAGUCCGCUGCAAAUGAUGAAACAAAAAGCUAUUUCGUUGUUGUUUUUCGUAAUUUCAUUUGUUUUAUCGUUAGUGUUAUGUUUUUCGCAAAAAGUGACAGAACUUACAUUCUUUGUUGAAGCGAAGAGAGACAUUUGCUUUUGUGAAAUUUGGGAGCCCAGUCAGAUCGUCAACAUCACGUACCACGUCAAGGACGGAGGUAAAGGAGACUUAGACGUAAACUUCAUAGUCCUCGAUCCUCUCGGUAAUAAACUGAUCGAAAACAAAAGAACUAAAACCAGUAGCAUAAACCUCGUACCACAAAGUGUCGGAGAAUACAAAUUAUGCUUCGAUAAUUCACACAGUAAAUUGCACACGAAAACCGUUAGUUUCCAGUACUUUAUAGAAGAAGGGUCCGAUUUAGCAAAGACCGCAACUAUCCAAUAUGCAGCUGAAGAACAAAAUUAUCAUGUUUCGAUAGCCGAUUUAAAACAAACGAUAACGAAACUACAACUCAAUGUAGGACAGAUACGGUAUUCACAAAAACUAUUCAAAAAACGGGAAGAUUGGGAGAAGUACCUCGUUGAAAGGAAACUUGGUUUAGUUAACACGUAUUCGGUAGUUCAAAUGGCGGUGAUGUUAGCAGCCGGACUUAUACAAGUCUUAAUGGUCAGGAGUCUUUUUGAUGAAAAGUCAAGGAUCCACGGAAUUUGGAAAAAACGUACAAAUCGUUAAAAAAUAAAAUUUGUAUUUGCCCAUUUAUUAUUUAGUUUCAAUAAAAAAAAAUUGUUUUGUACAAAAUUAACUGUUUUACAUUUUAUACAAUAAAUAAUUGUUUAAUUAACUGAUUAAUGUUAUCUGUGCAACUUUUCCGAUUUGAGAUUUCCUUUUGUCAAGAUGGUUUCUCAGCUAGAAGAGGAAAAAAGACCAUUGACACCUUAAUCGAUAUUUGAAAACAAAAGAAUCUCUUAUUUCGAAAGAAAGGAAGCCAAACCCAAACCUUAACUAAGUGCACCUGUUCAAUGUGAUUUGUCAACUUUUCCUUUUCUACCCACAUCAAAAUUGCUGGUUGUAACAGUCAGCCAGAACAAUUAUUACCGUAACUGUUUCGCUAAGGUUUGCUUUUUAUUGUUGUAUCUGCGGUGGCUCAGACAAUUUGUUUUUUCUUUAUUGUUCUUGUAGAACAGAUACAGCUCGUAACAAUUGAAACAACUGAUUGUUUUAAUGGAAAAAUUGAAAAAUCUAGGAUGCCAAUGCAAAAUAAACUCCUUGAUGAUGAAUUUAUGAACCAUUUUUCAAAUGUACUAAUAAAAUGAAAGGAAAAUGCUUUUAAAUGUUUAUAUGAUAAUAACCAAUAACUCUGCACUCACCAAAACAACUGAAAUAAUUAAAAGCGUAUUCUUUUAAUUUUAUUACUGUAUACUGUAGGUACUAUUUAAAAAACGUCUAAA